UUACUCAUCAUACACCCCUAUUAUGCAUUAGUACCAUUGUUUUAAUUUUAUUUACCCUUUUUGCAACACUUCCUCGUUUUCCCACGUGCCAAAAUAAUAUACCAUGUCUUCAUCUUCUUCUUCCAAAAGACACCCAACAUACCACGGCAUUAGAAGCCGUGGAGGAAAAUGGGUGACCGAAAUCCGUGAGCCACGUAAGACUAAUCGUAUAUGGUUAGGCACAUUUUCCACCCCUGAGAUGGCUGCUGCAGCGUAUGACGUUGCAACUUUAGCUCUCAAGGGCGGGGAAGCAAUUUUAAAUUUCCCCGACUUGGCUCGCAGGUAUCCGGUGCCGGCAUCGAAUUCCGCGGAAGAUAUUCGGAGUGCCGCCACCUCUGCAGCCGAACUAAUGACGGGUGGAUCCACAUUUAAUGAGCCUUAUAACAAUGCUUUCUACGAUGCUCCUCAUUCGUAUAAUUAUGAAAGUGAGUUUAUUGAUGAAGAAGCUAUAUUCUCCAUGCCAAGAUUGUUGGUAGACAUGGCUGAGGGAAUGCUGCUUUCUCCGCCUAGAAUGAAUUUACCACCGUCUGACUACUCGACUGAAUAUCAAACAUUUGGGGAAAGUUUGUGGAACUUUUGAAUUUUGAUAUCUCUCUAUACACAUAUAAUAAUUAAUAUAUGUGAUGUAGUUUUAAGUUGCUAUUUUCUUUUUGAUCCUAUAAAGCAAUCAAAGUAUUAUUAUAUUACUAUAUAACAAUGGAAUAGGAAAAUACAUGUGGUGCAUAUCAUGCAUCGUAGUGAUCAUGUCUAUAGUUAGAUGUGUUUUGAGUGUUUUGAAUUUUGAUCCUCUAUUACUGGGUGAAUGGUGCAACACCUUCGGAAAAAAAUAGAUUAAGAAAGAAAAAAGGUUUAUGUUUCGAUUAUAAAAUUUUUCUAUUACUUUUUUAUUUAUUUCUAUUUUUAUGACAAUUAAUUAUAAAAUCACUAACACGGUGAUUUGUGAUAUACACGGUGCUUAAAAAAUUUUACACUAAAAGAGUACACAAAUAAAACUCCUUUCUUUUUGUAGUAUGCAUGAUUACUAAUGUUAAAAAAAGUAAUGAUCGCGACAGAAAGUGGGAGACAGAAAGUAAGCUUGAGACAAAAAAAGUUCAAACCGCCAACACGAAACCAAUUAUGUGGAUUUCAAUGUCGUGAUGAAGAAUUGAAGAUUAAUUUACAAUGAAUUUUAUUUUGUUUAA